AUGCCAGGCAAGUUUGCAUCGGUGCGCAAGAUUCGGCAUCGAGUAACCGGGGAGGAGUUCGCGGCCAAGUUCAUCCGCAAGCGGCGGCGCGCGGCGGAUUCCACGCGUGAGAUAUACCACGAGGUGGCCGUGCUCGCGCUGUGCGGCGGCUGCGACCGCGUCGUUAGGCUGCACGAGGUAUACGAAACGCGGUCAGAGGUGGCUAUAGUGCUGUCGCUGUGCGCGGGCGGCGAGUUACAACACGUGCUGGACGCGGAGGAGCGGCUGGCGGAGGCGGGCGCGCGACGAGCGCUGCGACACGCACUCGAAGGCCUGGCGCAUCUGCACGCGCGCCGUGUCGCACACCUCGACCUCAAGCCGCAGAACCUGCUGCUCAGCGCCGGCAACGAGGAACUCGUCAUCUGCGACUUCGGCAUCAGUCGUGCCAUCCAGCCCGGCGCUCACGUGCGCGAGAUACUCGGCACCAGGGACUAUGUCGAUUUAUCCACUGUUUAA